AUGGAACAAAAUGUGGUUGAUGAUCCAAACUAUAACUCUGAUGCCCUUGAGAGUGUACACUCUUCAGAUGAUGAAAGAGGCAAAAAACAUGAGCAAUUUCCAGAGUUCAAUGAGAAAACAGACAUGAAAAAUCCCACUCUUACACUCGGGCUUGUUUUCAGGGAUCAUGUGCAAUUCAAACGAGCUCUCAUCAUGUACUCCUUAGUGAAUAGAUAUGGGGAAAUCCAUUUUCCUAGGAAUGAGAAAUUGAAAGUCACAGCAAAAUGUGCAAAAAGGUGCCCUUGGAAGUGUUGUGUUGGAAAAAUGUAUGGUUCAAAAACCAUACAGAUCAAGACCAUACUUGAUGAACACACAUGUGGGAGAACUUGGGCAAACAAGAACAUGAAGUCCCAUUUGCUGACCGAUUUGUACAUGGACAAGAUAAAACUGAACCCCACAUGGCUUAUGGAUUCUUUUUUAGCAACUGUCAAAUCAGAGUGGAAUCACGGUUGUGGAAAAAAUGAAGGCUAUAAGGCUUUAGAUAGGGCUUUGAAGAUCAUUGAGGGAAAACAUGCAGAGCAAUACACUAAGUUGUGGGACUAUGCUGAGAAAGUGAGGAAUACUAACCCUGGAAGCAUAAUGAAGGUGAAGUUGGAUAGGGGGAGGUUCCAAAGGAUAUAUGUGUGCUUGGGGGCUUGCAAAGAGGGGUUUAAGUCAGGAUGCAGACCAUUGAUAGGAUUAGAUGGAUGUUAUUUAAAGAGUGUACAUGAAGGUCAGCUACUUUGUGCUGUUGGUAUUUACCCAAAUGAUGAAACAUGGGAUAUAGCGUAUGCAGUUGUAGAAAUGGAGAAUAAGUCUAGUUGGAUUUGGUUCUUAGAGUUAUUGGUCGAUGAUGUUGGGGUUGUCAAUCAAGAGGGAUGGACAUUUAUUAGUGAUCAGCAAAAUGGGUUAAUUCCGGCCUUUCAAAAAGUCCUUCCUAAUUCCCAUCACAGAUUUUGUGUGAGACAUUUGUAUACCAACUUCAGAAAUCUGUUCAAAUGGAAAACAUUGAAGGAUGCUUUGUGGUCAGUAGUCAAAACAACAGCAGUUCCCCACUUCAAAAAAGUAAUGGAGGAUAUGAAGAAGCUCGAUGAAAAGGCCUACAAUUGGUUGAUGAAGAAGCUUGCACAUCAUUGGAGCAAGUCCCAUUUUGAAACAUAUCCCAAGUGUGACAUGUUGCUGAACAAUCUCUGUGAAAGUUUCAAUGAUGUCAUACUUGUGCCAAGACAAAAACUUAUUGUCAUUAUGCUACUCCUUAUUCACACACUUUUGAUGAAGAGAAUUCAGAUGAGAAGGAUACAAUGGUGA